AUGUCUUUGACCCGAAGGCCACCGACAGUGGAUCCUGACAAGAUCUACCUGACGAUUGACACCGCCUGCGAGAACACGGUGAUCGGCUCCGUCUACCUGGAAAAGGUGCUUCAGCGACUCGGUGCAUAUGGCAUCAUGCCACUGGCCGACAAGGAGUGCGAACAGUACUGCUUUGGCCCUGGUGCACCAAAGACAUCAACGAUGAGGCUGUCGGUUCCGUUGGGGAUCGAUGGACGCCCGAUGAUCGUGCGCACCUCAGUCAUCCAGGAAGACGCUGCAGCUUCCAAUCGGGUGCCCUUCCUGGCCGGUCAAGACUGGUUGGUGAUGAUGAAGGCCGUGAUCGACCUAGGCAACAACCGGCUUUCCUUGCCAGCAGCCAGCUGUGAAGUGCCCCUCUACAUCGAUGUGUCUGGCCACAUGGUCAUCUGCAUCGAGGACUAUCCAUGUACAGGAUGGCCUCCAGGUCUUUCGACCACUUUGGAUCAGUACCCUGGAGCCAUUUUCAACGUGUCAAACGACACCAACUUCCUGCGCCCCGAGCAGCAGCAAAAGGGCGUGAUGCAGUCUGACAAGAUGGACCUCAACAUGUCCCAGAUAGUCAUGGACCACAACUAUGUGUACGAGCCCAAUGAUGAUGUUUUGAACCCUGGGGUGCAUUCACGGGGACCGUGCACCCUUCCCAAUGACUACUGGGAGUACAUGACCACUUGUGGAGCUGUUGUCCGGCACCAUCGGAGGCCUCGGCGACACCUUUUCGACCCGGAAGAACUGGACAGUGGGCCCGGGACUCAAAACCUCCAGCCCACGAGAUUGACCAUCGUUGCCAGUUCGAAGCCGAGGGAGUACAUUUGGGAUACUUGGCCAACCCCACCGGAUGCUUCGUGUCCACCUUCAUUGGAGUGUUGGGUUGGCAAGACAUACUUUUUCUUGCAAGGGUUUGACCCCCACAAGAUCAAGAUCCCUGUCACCACAGCCGGAACUGCAGUCAAGUUUGAUGACGGUGCCGAGUUGCAUGUCGCUCCCAACAGUUUGAAGCCCCGUCACAACAAGAAGAUUUUGCAGUUUGAUUUCAACAGCCGUCCACCGAUUUUCGAGCACGAGAGCACGAUCCACAAGGAUUCCUUUCGUAUUCCUGAAGGGCAAUUUGGAUCGAGACUCCAAGCUCCUUCAAUUCGUUCUUUGCCUCAUGCCCCCAGCAGCCUCGACAAGGUCAUCCAGCAAGAAGUUCAAGCGCAGCCGGGCGGAAUGCUUGGAGCUGUGGGCACGCCUUGUCACGAAGAUGGACAUGCUGUGGAGCAUGCUCAUGAGGCAUCACAUCACCAAUAUCAUGGUCCGCGAGUUCAAGCACAGGGCACCAGCAUUGAUGGGCUACAUGGAGGCCAUGAUCGCUCAGGAACAGUUCCUCCAGCUCCCAUCGACUUUGCCACCUUCGACGACGGCAGCUCCGGGCCAGACGGCCAAGGCGAUCAAGGCACCCUACCCGGAGAAAGUCAAGCUAUGCCCACACGACGUGGAGGCAGCACGUCGGAUCGGGAAUGCACACGGACGUUUCAGGGAGUGCAUUCAGUGCGGACUGGUGAUGAAGGCCCUGCCGGACAACUACACGAUCCCGAUCACCCACGAGGAAGUCAUCGUCUACGGCAUCACGCACGGGGUGAGGGAUCGACCAGGCGGAAAAGUGCAUCCACAAGCACAAGGAGUGCAGCGGGACACAACGGAGUGCUGCACCAGCUUGGGAGAGUGCUACUCGCUCUCAUCGCGACCGCCUUCUGCUACACAGACCCAGCAGCACAGCAGGUCCGCGGGCCAAGCUUCGAGACACUCUUCGAGGAUGACAUCUUCGGACCAGGCCGAAUUCCGCCAGCAGAACGGCUCGGACUGGGAGUUUGCGGGGAUGGAGACGGACGACUAGAUCCUCUACCUGAUCCAGCUCCACUUCGACCUGGCACCAAGAAGAGAUUGAAGCGCAGCGCAAGACGCGCGCUACAGAACAGCCGAACUGCUCGAGAGCUUGUCGCCCAGAAGGUCAGUCGGAGCACUUGGCCCCGACGGAAGUUCGGAUAUGAUCUCAUCGAGAUCUUUGGCGGCACCUCCAUGAUCAGCAUCAGAGCAGUCCAAGGCUGGAACCUUCGAGUACUUCAGCCCAUUGACAUCCGCUACGGCAUCAACUUGAGACGCAGGAUUAUGAGGAGAUGGUUGCUCCAAAAGCUGCGCCAAUGGAACCCACGACUCGCCAUUGUCGAGAUGCCAUGCACACCUUGGUCAAUCCUCCAGCGGAAUGUCAACUACCGGGACUAUCCCUUUGAACUCGACCAGCUACAGGAGGAAGACAGGCCCUUCGUCAGAUUGGUCAAGCAGGUCUUCGAUUCACAACGCAGCCGAGGCGGACACGCUUUGGUGGAGAACCCUGCUACUGCCGACUCCUGGCAGGAACCUGAGUUCCAAGAGCUGAGGCAGAAGUACUGGGAGACAACGAGUUGCAUGUGUCGUUUUGGCAUGGUUGGGCAACACGGGCUCCCUCUUCUUAAACGUGUUCGCUGGAUGGCCACCGAUGAGACCUUUGUGUACUACCUCAACAAGCAGUGCACCGGCGACCGCCAGCAUGAGAAGGUUGAAGGCAAGAACACUGCCCUCUCAGCUUGCUACCCGCCUGACGUUGGCGACACCAUCAUCAAGGCCUACCUGGAAGUGGUGCAGCGCGAAGACUUUGGCACGCACUACGACUGGCAGGUCAUGGAGACCCGACAUGUCAACUACGUCGACGUCAACCGCACGGUGGAAGAGUGGCGGCCUUUGCUCGCCCAAGCUGAAGAGAUUUUGGCUCGACGUGUUCAAGCCAGUUGCUUCCUGGACAUCACCUCCGACCUCUACCAGAAGGUCAUCCCCUUGGUUCCUUGGCAGAUCCUCAACAUCCAGAUCGCCCACUUGCCGAAGGCCAAGAGAGUGAGACCAGGACUGGAGAACACACAUCGUUGCUCCGUGUUGCUUCUGAACGACAAUGAGGUGUUGAUUGAGACGGAACACCUUCCAACUGCACAAGCUCCGAGAGAGCGCUUCAUCACACCAGUGCGAGUGGCUAUCUUCAUCCACGGCCACGCACCAGGUGAACCUCAUGAACCCGUACCUGCACGUGUUCAACCAGAACCACCUCCUCUUCGAGAAGGAGAAGUUGUUGAAGACCCACUGGAUGAGCAUGUUGAGCAAGGCAUGGCCGAGCAAGGGCUUGUGAGGCAAGACUAUGCCUCCGGUGAAUGUUGGUUCAUUGGCCCUCCACUACGACAUGAACAACGACGCUUGGCACCUUCAUUGGUGAGAAUGCACCGCAACCUGGGACACCCCAGAACUGAGGACUUCGUGAGAGCCCUAGCUCAACAUGGCAAGAUCGACCCGGAAGCAGUGGCACUGGCAAGGAGACUGAGAUGUGCUUCUUGCGAGAGGACCAAGAGACCAUUGCCACCGCGACCUACUAGUUUGAAGGCCGUGGGCAGCUUCAACGACAAGGUGUGCCUCGACGUGGUCUUCUUGCACGACGUGGACGAGGUCAAGCACACCUACUUGCAUGUUUUGGACCCUGCAGGCGGCUUCUAUGUCUUUUGUUGGAUCCCAAGCCGAAACCCCGAGGACGUCCUGGACAAUUUCAACAAGGUCUGGGCUAGUUGGGCUGGCUUGCCAAGAUCCAUUUGGGCGGAUCAAGACGGAGCUUUCCAAGGAGCCUUCGCUCAGACACUCCAAGCUCAUGGGGUGGAACUGGACUAUGUGCCGGCUGAGGCUCACUGGCAGGCUGGCGAGGUGGAGGCCUAUAAUCGUGCCUUCCGCUACACCGCCAACAAGAUCAUUGAUGAGAAGCAGUUGGCAGGCGACAGCAGCAUGCAACUACUUGGAACUUUGGUGGGCUCAGCCAUGAACGACAAGGUCAGAGCUUGUGGAGCCUCCGCAAGUCAAUGGGUAUUCGGUCGCAAUCCCCGGGUACCAGAAGCUCUCCUUGGACCUGACGGUCAACUGGAAGUCUUGCAAGGCAUGGAGCAGGACGAGCAGCUGAGAUUGGUCAAGAAGAAGAAAGGCAAGAUCCUGCAGCCUGGGUGGUUUCGAGGCACCAUUGUCGGACCACACAAAGGCGACGAGGCACAAUCCAACUACUGGGUGGCAUCAGGUGGCAAGCUCAUCCUUGUCUCUAAAGAGCAGCUCAGGCCGACCUAUGGCACAGAGCGAUGGAAGAUCGACGAGGAGGCCCUUCAGAACCUCUUGGACGACUUCCCGGACGAGUUCCACAACGGCAGAGACGGAGAACCACCCGAUGAAGUUGUGCCCGAUGAGAAUGAGGAGAUCCACGUGCCCGUCUUCGAGGCCGACGCUGAUGACUUGGGUGUCGAGGAGUACACACCAAGCCUACCGCCAGAAGGCGAUGGACAACGACCUGAUGAACUACCAGCACAUGAGAACAGUUCACCUUCGGCACCUUCAGUUGGCACCAACACCACACAUCCACAUCCUUCGAUGCGAGAAGACCGUGCACCUGGAACACCCAUACAUGGACUACUUCGACGUCCUGAACCUCUACCAGAGGCGAUCCCGAUCGAUGACCCGCACUUCGAUGAGGAGAUGGCACUACCUCCACCCGAAGUCGCAGAACCUGUUGAGAAGAAAGCACGCCUGGAAGAACCAGAUGAACCAGAGGACAACCGCUACCCUGCCAAUGAGCGCCUUCCGGUCUAUGACACCGAGCUCUACUCCGAACCACGUGGAGCACUCUGGGGCGUUCGCAUGAGGUUGCAAGUCAAGGGCAAUGACGCCGUGCGCUGGGUCGCACAAACUCGCAAGCAGCAGAAAGCCCUUGAGAAGGAGAUCCCCUGGAGGGAUGCAUCUACUAUGACUCGAUUGGGUCUACUGCUCAUCCUCCAGAUCUGCGCCUCCCACGAUGGCUGGUUCCUGUUCAACUCCGACAUCACUGGAGCUUUUCUUCAGGGCGACCAGUCACUGGCAAGCAGGAAGGAGCCUUUGUACCUUCGCCAACCUCGAGAAGGACUUCCUGGACUCCUACCUGGUCAACUGCUCCUGGUGGUGCGAGGCAUCUUUGGCCUUGCGAACAGCCCUCGCCUUUUUUGGCGACACUUGAGGGACACACUCCUCACCAUGGGCUUCGUGCAGUCGCGCUUGGACCGCGCUGUGUUCAUGUACUACCGCCGGGGCCGUCUUAUUUUGGUUUUGGGAGCCCACGUGGAUGAUUUGAUUGUCACUGGAAAACCUACCGAAGCCGAUGCCAUCCUCGAGGAGCUCAAGAAGACCUUUGACUUCGGUUCAUGGGCGGAUUCGCGCCAAGAUGAAGUCCUGGAGUACGGAGGGAAGCAGAUCACCAAGGAGAACGGCAUCGUCAAGCUCACGCAGAAGAAGUUCAUCCAAGCUUCUUCGACUACCAAGAUUCCCAAGUGGCGUGCUUCGACGCCAAAUGCUCCUUUGCUUCCGCAAGAGCAUACAGAGCUACGCUCGCUUGGCGGCUGUCUCCACUGGCUAGUCGGCCAGACAAGGCCCGACCUGGCGGCCGCAACGUCUUUGUACAUGUCUGGACAGCCCACAGUGUCCAACCUGAUCCAGCUCAACAAGUUGGUGAUCGAGGCCCAGUCGACUGCUGAUUGGGGUUUGAUGUUCAGGCCCAUCCCGAUGGAGCAGGCGAAGUUCAUCGCCUUCAGCGAUUCAAGUUGGGCCAAUGCAGCUGAGCUGAAGUCACAAGCUGGACUACUUGUCUUCCUGGCAGGCAGCGGCGUGGACUCCUUGGAGGGCGACUUCGCUUCCUUGUUGGACUGGAGGAGCCACCGCAUCCGGCGCCAAUGCCUGUCGACGCUGGCCAGUGAGACCAUGGCUAUGGAUGUCGGCGGUGUUUGCGCGUGA